GACUUAUCCGGAUAUAUCAAACUGUAUUAAUGAAGAGAUAAUUGAAAUUGACGGUAGUAACGUAACAUCAGAUUUUUCAGAAUGGAGAGCAGGUCGUAGGGUUGUAGAAUUGGGAGUUUUGGCGGAUGGUUUAGCAGCUUGCAAGAAAUGUGGUCUUCCCCUUUCUUUGCAAAACUGCAGUACCAUAAACUCUUACGGUCUAGCUGCCAUUUUGAAGAUAGUGUGUGCCAACACAGCCUGUCUCAACACCAACCUAAUCCCCACAGGAAAAAGACAUGGAAAAGUAUGGGAUGUCAACUCCAAAUUAGCAGCAGCUAUGAUUCAUGUAGGACUUGGGGAGCAGCAAGUGAAUGGAAUUUUAGCAGAGCUCAAUAUUCCAACGGUUAGCCAUUCCAUGUUGGAUGAGCGACAAAAAGAAAUUGGAGGGGUGAUUGAGAAUGUUGCAGAGGAGUCUAUUAAAGAGUGGAUGACAAAAGAAAUUGCUUUAACUAACGAAUGGGAUGGAACAGACGACCUGACUGUCUCAGUUGAUGCUGGCUGGCAAACAAGAGGAAGUGGUAGAGCAUACAACAGUCUGACUGGACAUUGCUCCAUGAUAGGUUCAAAAACCGGGAAGAUUUUGGGUUACAAGUGGAGGUCAAAGUCCUGUAGAAUAUGCCAGAAAGCUGAAAAUGAAGGUAAAUGUAUCAACAGGUCUAUCUCCUGGGAUAUAUACCCAGAAGUUAGCUACCCUCAGAGAUCUUCAGGCUAGAAAGAGGAGAGCUGUUGCCACUACCAAAGCUGCAAAACUACGCAGAAUUGCUUUAAAAAC